GAUGAGUUAAAGGAAAUUGUUCAGAUAUUACAUCGAUAAAAGCAUUCAAUAGGAACAAGAAUAGAAAUUGUUUCUUACAAGAGUCAAUAGAUGGAGAUUCAACACUUUGGAUAAAUCAAAUUGUAUAAAAUAUUAUGAAUUGAAUUAGUCUUGAAAUCCACUAGACCCAUUAAACCCAUAUUAAUUGGUUUAGCUUGUUUAGCAGUUUAUGGUAAUGUACAUCUUAAUAAGUAGAUUGGACAUACGGAUUUUAUCGUAUUGAUGAACAUCAUUGAU